AUGCCGCUCGAAGACUUCUCAGGCAGACUUCCCGUCACCACGACGUUUGCACUGCCGCUUACGGCCUACUACAUCUUCCUCCAAGGCCGAGUGGUAGUACAGCGAUUUACGUCCAACACUGUCAUCGGACAAGAUUCCGUCUCGCCAGCCGACAAGAAGCUCGCCCAGCGUCCCGAUCGUCUUCUUGCCGCAGUGCGAGCGCAGACCAACUACUACGAGAAUGUUCCUCUUGCUUUGAUCCUGGCGGGACUGGUGGAAAGAGAUGGCGGAGACAAGAAAGUUUUGACUUGGGUGUUGGGCGCUCUGUGUGUGGUCAGACUGCUUCACGCAGAGGCGGGAGUGAUGAGCAGCAACUACAAGGGCAAGGGAAGGCCGAUUGGGUUCCUUGGGACCAUUCUGAUCAAUGCCGGGCUGGCUGUAUGGGCAGCUUCGAGGAUGGCUGGAUACUGGACACAAUCGGAUGGAUGGUAG